AUGGUUGCUGCCUUGCACCAGCUCCUAUCCCCUCACAACGUGCUGGACCCAGACGGGUCCGGCCAAGGGCUUGGUCGACUUACUCGGGCCUUCCUCAGAUUAAUCCCGGUGUCCCGGGUGGAGGCACAGUGCACCUACCCCAAUGUCCGCACAGUGGCUGAUAAGCGGGUCGUCACUGAAGAACCAGGGAACUGUGCACCACCCGACCCGAUAGCCGUUGUUUCCAAUAAUUGA